AUGCUGUGUGUGUUGCUUCUCCCGGCUCAUUAUGUGUUUUCUUUUUUUUCCCCCCUUUUCUUUUCAUACGCUGAGCACGAAAGGGGUUGGCCACUCUCUGCACGUCAAGGUUGCCUCCCCAUGGAAACGGAGGGGGUCGUUCAGUACCGACUGCUCGGCUCGCAUCCGGCUGCUUCGGGGAGGUAUCACAGUUUCGGGUUCAGUGGUGAUGUGGUGACUGUAACCGCUCUUACUCAAGAUAUCGUAAAGCAACAUCAGAUAAAUCUCACCAAGUACAAACUAGAGAUUCAACGUGUUAUUUCAGCAGGGAAUGAUAGUCAGGAGGGGCAGACACCCAGCACUGUUGCAGACGUUUACGUGCCGUUACAAUCGAAUGAUGUACUGCAUUCUUACGAUAGGGUUAUCGUUAACGUGUCUCGGCGUCACUACUUGGAUGGCGUAGUGGACGCAGCACAAGACGAAAAAAAAGCCCGCGAAGAACGGCUUCAGCACGUAGAGGGGAUGUUGCACGAACAUGAAGCAACAACUGUGACUGGUACUGUGAGUUCCAGCGGCCCCGUUGGUACAGGCAAGCGCGUGGAAGUGCGGGAUCCACACAAAUUGAAGCGCGUUACCGCAGUGUCCGGCAAGGCCUUUCCGGUGCUCCCUUGGUUACUCAACCGCACGUCAGUGGAAGGAUUGACAUUGCCCACACCAAAGAAAGGGAUUUGUGUGCUAUGUGAGCUGGAGAGCUUUGAUGAAGUGAUGCUGGAGUGUUGCCGCUUCUACGCUUGUGCCUCUUGCCUGGAUCUGGCGAAGAACAUGCUGACGAAGGAAACGACAUGUGCAGUGUGUGGUGAUGUUCCCGGGGAGAAGGGAUCAAAAGGUUCACUUCGCCCCAAUGCAGUAGCGGCUGUCAAGAGAGAGCGGAGUGAGUCAUGUGUAGGCGGCGCUUCAAUCGCUGCACCGCAUGUGUUCAGCCAAUUUUCGUCCGCUUCUGGUGAUGGUCGGGGCGGCUCCAGAGCGACAAGUAUUAGCGGAACGCAGUCGCGAGUUUACCGUACAACGGCCAUGGUUUCUGCACUUGAGAGGGAACUUAACACGAACAUGGCACAUAUACUUUCAUUACUGGAUAUCCCUGACCCCUUAACAGCGGAGGCAAAGGAGAACCGGCGGAUGAGCAAUUUGUUUGUGCGGAACCUAAGUAAGUGA